CCAAGUUAUAAAUUUGAUACUAUUUUAACUAUAUGUUUCAGGUAUCAUAAGGUUGCGGUGUAUAGAGUGCGAGCACAUUAACUGGAACAGGACAUACAACUUUGAAGGUGUACAGAACAUAUAUCAGCUUCUACAGAGCAAAUAUAAUCCGGCAUGUGCCCAGUUAAACCCACGUGAUCAGAAUAUGUAUAAUCAAAAUUAUCAGAAUCAGCAAAACCAGCAAAAUCAGCAACCACUUCCAAAUCAACCUGGCAAUAAUUUCUACCAGAAUAGAUACGAUGUAAGGGAGACAAUUUGCCCAGUUUUUGAUGAAAAAAAUCGGUGUAAUUAUGUGUAUGGGAUAGCGACAGUCUAUCUUCCAAGUUAUAAAGCAACAAUGACCCUUGAAAUGCAUGUUAGGAAUUGUAUCAAUCCACGUGACGUUGUCGACAAUGGAUGUUACCGCAGAGACACGAAUUACGGGUACUUUGAGGUUAAACACUUCUUUCAGGACAGGCUACAGUUUUUGGGAAGCGCUUCUGUUCAACGAUUUAUUGGCGAUCAGUGUUACUGUAACAGUGAUUUGUGUUAUCCAAAUAUCAGCUCCAGUCCCAGUUUGGUUGCCUCAGCUUCCAGUCUCGUUUUGGCAGUUCUUACCUUUAUUUUAUUUAAAUGAAUUCCACUUUGACUGAUCUACGUUCCAAUUUCCCAAUCUUUAAUGACUAAAUAUGAAUAGGCUUAUUGCCUUUAAAGGUAGACUAGAUUGUAUGUGUGUAUGUAUGUAUGUUUGUUGUUUUAAAAUGUAAGUAAAAGUAGACAUGAUCGCCUAUCAUCGUAAAAUUCCGUUUUAUAAUCGGAAUAUGUGAAUUUAUUUCUUAAUUGUAUAAUUAUAUAAAACACGUCGUAUUAUUUCGAUG